CCCGGCGAGCGGCGGCAGCUGGACGAGGAGGCGGGAGGCGCCAAGGCGGAGCUGCUGCUCAAGCUGCUCCUGGCCAAGGAGCGGGACCACUUCCAGGACCUGCGGGCGGCGCUGGAGAAGACGCAGCCUCACCUGCUGCCCAUUCUCUACCUGAACGGCGUCGUCGGGCCGCCGCAGCCCGCGGAAGGAGCGGGCAAUACAUGCAAAGUACUUAGCACAGUCACAGCACUCAGUAUGUCCGGGUCUGCAGUGUCCAGUAUGGGCACUACCGGGAAGGCACCGUCCCCACCACCCCUCCUCACUGACCGGCAGGUGAACGAGAAGGUGGAGAACCUCUCCAUCCAGCUGCGGCUGAUGACCAGGGAGAGGAACGAGCUCCGCAAGCGCCUGGCCUUUGCCACGCAUGGCACGGCCUUCGACAAGAGGCCCUACCACAGGCUGAAUCCUGACUACGAGAGGCUGAAGAUCCAGUGCGUGCGAGCCAUGUCGGACCUGCAGAGCCUGCAGAACCAGCACACCAACGCCUUGAAGAGGUGUGAGGAGGUGGCCAAGGAGACUGACUUCUACCACACACUCCACAGCCGGCUCCUGAGUGACCAGACUCGGCUGAAGGAUGACGUGGACAUGCUGAGGCGGGAGAAUGGGCAGCUGCUGCGGGAGCGAAACCUGCUGCAGCAGUCGUGGGAGGACAUGAAGCGGCUCCACGAGGAAGACCAGAAGGAGAUCGGUGACCUCCGUGCCCAGCAGCAGCAGGUGUUGAAGCACAACGGGUCAUCCGAGAUUCUCAACAAGCUGUAUGACACGGCCAUGGACAAGUUGGAGGUGGUCAAGAAGGACUAUGACGCCCUGCGGAAGAGGUACAGUGAGAAAGUCGCCAUCCACAAUGCAGACCUGAGCCGCCUGGAGCAGCUUGGGGAGGAGAACCAGCGGCUGCUGAAGCAGACAGAGAUGCUGACCCAGCAGAGGGACACGGCCAUCCAGCUACAGCACCAGUGUGCCCUCUCCCUGAGGAGGUUUGAGGCGAUCCACCAUGAGCUGAACAAGGCCACAGCGCAGAACAAGGACCUGCAGUGGGAGAUGGAGCUGCUGCAGUCAGAGCUGACCGAGCUGAGAACCACGCAGGUGAAGACAGCAAAGGAGUCGGAGAAAUACAGGGAGGAGCGGGACGCUGUGUACAGCGAGUACAAGCUCAUCAUGAGUGAGCGCGACCAGGUCAUCUCUGAGCUGGACAAGCUGCAGACCGAGGUGGAACUGGCCGAGUCCAAGCUCAAGAGCAGCACAUCUGAGAAGAAGGCGGCCAGUGAGGAGAUGGAGGCGCUGCGGCAGAUCAAAGACACGGUGACAAUGGAUGCUGGGAGAGCCAACAAGGAGGUUGAAAUCCUUCGAAAGCAGUGCAAGGCUCUGUGCCAGGAGCUGAAGGAAGCCCUUCAGGAGGCGGAUGUGGCCAAGUGCCGGCGGGACUGGGCCUUCCAGGAGCGAGACAAGAUCGUAGCAGAGCGUGACAGCAUCCGGACACUGUGUGACAACCUGAGGCGGGAGCGGGACCGUGCAGUGAGUGAGCUGGCCGAGGCCCUGCGCAGCCUGGAUGACACCCGCAAGCAGAAGAAUGACGUCAGCCGUGAGCUGAAGGAGCUCAAGGAACAGAUGGAAUCCCAGUUGGAAAAGGAGGCCCGGUUCCGGCAGCUGAUGGCCCACAGCUCCCACGACUCGGCCAUUGACACGGAUUCCAUGGAGUGGGAAACGGAAGUUGUAGAGUUUGAGAGGGAGACGGAGGAUAUUGACUUGAAGGCACUGGGGUUUGAUAUGGCAGAAGGUGUGAAUGAGCCUUGUUUCCCGGGGGACUGUGGCAUAUUUGUCACUAAAGUGGAUAAAGGAAGCAUUGCUGAUGGGCGCUUAAGGGUCAAUGACUGGCUGCUGAGAAUCAACGAUGUAGACCUCAUCAACAAGGACAAGAAGCAGGCCAUCAAGGCGCUCCUCAACGGGGAGGGGGCCAUCAACAUGGUUGUGCGGCGGAGGAAGUCCCUGGGUGGGAAGGUGGUUACGCCGCUGCACAUCAACCUCAGUGGACAGAAAGACAGCGGCAUCAGUCUGGAGAAUGGAGUGUAUGCUGCCGCCGUGCUGCCCGGAAGCCCUGCCGCCAAAGAAGGGUCCCUUGCUGUGGGAGACAGGAUUGUUGCGAUCAAUGGCAUUGCACUGGACAACAAGUCUCUGAAUGAAUGUGAAUCUCUGCUGCGGAGCUGCCAGGACUCCCUGACCCUGUCCCUCCUGAAGGUGUUCCCUCAGAGCUCCUCGUGGAGUGGCCAGAACAUUUUUGAAAAUAUCAAAGACUCUGAUAAGAUGCUGAGUUUUCGAGCCCAUGGCCCGGAAGUCCAGGCUCAUAACAAACGGAAUUUGAUACAGCACAAUAACUCCACGCAGACAGACAUCUUCUACACGGACAGGCUGGAAGACAGGAAGGAGCCAGGCCCCCCAGGAGGCAGCAGCUCCUUUCUGCACAAGCCAUUCCCUGGGGGACCCUUGCAGGUCUGCCCCCAGGCCUGUCCCAGUGCCUCUGAGCGUAGCCUGAGCUCCUUCCGCUCAGAUGCCUCUGGGGACCGUGGCUUUGGCCUGGUGGAUGUGCGUAGCCGGCGGCCACUGCUGCCCUUUGAGACAGAGGUGGGCCCCUGUGGGGUUGGGGAGGCCCCCCUGGACAAGGUGGACUCUGAAGGCUCCAACAGUGGUGGGACCUGGCCCAAGGCCGUGCUCAGCUCCACGGCAGCGCCUGAGAAGCUCUCCGUUUAUAAGAAGCCAAAGCAAAGAAAGUCCAUCUUUGACCCUAACACUUUCAAACGCCCCCAGACACCCCCUAAAAUAGAUUACCUGCUGCCAGGUCCUGGGCCUGCUCACUCUCCCCAGCCCUCCAAGAGGGCAGGGCCUCUGACACCCCCAAAACCUCCCAGAAGGAGCGACUCCAUUAAGUUCCAGCACAGGCUGGAGACUAGCUCCGAGUCAGAGGCCACUCUGGUGGGCAGCUCCCCAUCCACUAGUCCCCCAAGUGCCCUGCCCCCCGAUGUGGACCCCGGGGAGCCCAUGCACGCAUCACCCCCUCGCAAGGCCAGGGUCCGCAUCGCUUCCAGCUACUACCCUGAAGGAGAUGGGGACUCCUCCUACCUGCCGGCCAAGAAAUCCUGUGAUGAGGACCUCACCUCCCAGAAGGUGGACGAGCUGGGGCAGAAGCGUCGCCGGCCAAAAUCUGCUCCCAGUUUUCGGCCUAAGCUUGCUCCAGUAGUGAUUCCUGCUCAGUUCCUGGAGGAACAGAAGUGUGUCCCAGCCAGUGGAGAACUCUCCCCGGAGCUCCAGGAGUGGGCACCUUACUCACCUGGGCAUUCCAGCCGGCAUAGCAACCCCCCGCUAUACCCUAGCAGGCCGUCUGUGGGCACUGUUCCCCGGAGUUUGACCCCCAGCACCACCGUGAGCUCCAUCCUGCGGAACCCCAUCUACACUGUGCGUAGCCACAGGGUUGGCCCCUGCAGCUCUCCACCUGCGGCCCGAGAUGCUGGCCCCCAGGGUUUGCAUCCCAGUGUCCAGCACCAGGGACGCCUGAGCCUGGACCUGAGCCACAGGGCCUGCAGCGACUACUCUGAGAUGAGAGCCACCCACGGGUCCAACUCACUGCCCUCCAGCGCCCGCCUCGGUUCUUCGAGUAACUUGCAAUUCAAGGCGGAACGCAUUAAAAUCCCAUCAACACCAAGAUAUCCGCGGUCUGUCGUGGGCUCUGACAGAGGUUCAGUGUCACAUUCUGAAUGCAGCACUCCUCCGCAGUCACCCCUGAACAUCGACACCCUGUCCUCUUGUAGCCAGUCCCAGGCCUCAGCCUCCACAUUGCCCAGAAUCGCUGUCAACCCCGCCUCCCUCGGGGAGCGGAGAAAGGACAGGCCUUAUGUGGAGGAGCCACGCCACGUGAAGGUGCAGAAGGGCUCAGAGCCACUGGGCAUCUCCAUCGUGAGUGGAGAGAAGGGUGGCAUCUAUGUCUCCAAGGUGACCGUGGGGAGCAUCGCUCACCAGGCUGGCCUGGAGUACGGGGAUCAGUUACUGGAGUUCAAUGGCAUAAACCUGCGGAGCGCCACGGAGCAGCAGGCGCGGCUCAUCAUCGGGCAGCAGUGUGAUACCAUCACCAUCCUGGCCCAGUACAACCCCCACGUGCACCAGCUCAGCAGCCACUCUCGGUCCAGCUCACACCUGGACCCUGCCGGUACCCACUCCACUCUCCAGGGCAGCGGCACCACCACCCCGGAGCAUCCCUCUGUCAUUGACCCACUGAUGGAGCAGGACGAGGGGCCUAGCACCCCCCCAGCCAAGCAGAGCAGCUCCAGGAUUGCGGGAGAUACCAACAAGAAGACCCUGGAGCCACGCGUUGUCUUCAUCAAAAAGUCCCAGCUGGAGCUUGGGGUGCACUUGUGUGGUGGGAACCUGCAUGGGGUGUUUGUGGCUGAGGUGGAGGAUGACAGUCCUGCCAAGGGUCCUGAUGGCCUCGUGCCAGGGGACCUCAUCCUGGAGUAUGGCAGCCUGGACGUGCGGAAUAAGACAGUGGAGGAGGUCUACGUGGAAAUGCUGAAGCCCAGGGAUGGCGUCCGCCUGAAGGUGCAGUACCGCCCCGAGGAGUUCACGAAGGCCAAGGGCCUGCCUGGUGACAGCUUCUACAUCAGGGCCCUGUACGACCGGCUGGCAGAUGUGGAGCAUGAGCUGAGCUUUAAGAAGGACGACAUUCUCUACGUGGAUGACACCUUGCCCCAGGGCACGUUUGGGUCCUGGAUGGCUUGGCAGCUGGACGAGAAUGCCCAGAAGAUCCAGCGUGGGCAGAUUCCCAGCAAAUAUGUGAUGGACCAAGAAUUCUCCAGGAGGCUCAGCAUGUCUGAAGUCAAAGAUGAUAAUAGCGCCACAAAGACACUGUCGGCGGCUGCACGCCGGUCCUUUUUUCGGAGGAAACACAAGCACAAACGCAGCGGAUCCAAGGAUGGGAAAGACCUACUCUCCUUGGAUGCCUUUUCCAAUGACUCCAUUCCACUCUUUGAAGAUUCGGUGAGCCUGGCCUAUCAGCGGGUCCAGAAGGUGGACUGUGCCGCUCUGAGGCCUGUCCUGAUUCUGGGGCCUUUGCUGGACGUGGUGAAAGAGAUGCUGGUGAAUGAGGCGCCUGGCAAGUUCUGCAGAUGUCCCCUUGAGGUGAUGAAGGCCUCCCAGCAGGCCAUUGAGCGGGGUGUCAAAGAUUGCCUGUUUGUCGACUAUAAGCGGAGAAGCGGCCAUUUCGAUGUGACCACUGUGGCGUCAAUAAAGGAGAUCACAGAAAAGAACCGACACUGCCUCCUGGACAUCGCUCCCCACGCCAUCGAGCGGCUGCACCACAUGCACAUCUACCCCAUUGUCAUCUUCAUCCACUACAAGAGCGCCAAGCACGUCAAGGAGCAGAGAGACCCCAUCUACCUGAGGGACAAGGUGACUCAGAGGCAUUCCAAAGAGCAGUUUGAGGCGGCGCAGAAGGUUGAGCAGGAGUACAGCAGGUACUUCACAGGGGUCAUCCAGGGAGGAGCCCUGUCAAGCAUUUGCACUCAGAUCUUGGCAAUGGUCAAUCAAGAACAAAAUAAAGUCCUGUGGAUUCCAGCCUGCCCGCUCUAGGAGAAUGCUGUGCUGUGGAUGACUGCAGCUGGCCGCCUGAGGGGACGCCAGGCUCAGCUCUUUUCUAGCGACUCAAAGUAGAAGUCUGUCCGUCUAUGAACAUGCAGGGGAAGGAUCCAGAACCAGGACCCAGAAGCACCUCCUUUGUAGACAGAGGGCCACAGCUGCGUGCGAUCCAGGCCCAGGCCCGCACCCGCUGCCCCUGUCACACGUGUUCUUUAACACAAAACAGAUAACACUAAAGACGGGUUCAGCACCCACCUUUCUUUAGCCAGCUGAUCAGAGAUGCUGCAAAGAGAACCUUUUGGAUCACUCGUUUACAAACCUUUUCUAAGUAUUUGGUGGUUUAUGUUUACUUGAACGGCUCCAUGUUGCUGGUGCCCAGCCCCUGCCCCCUCUGUCAACCCCUGUCGCUUUGGUGUUGGUUUCGUUCCCGUCUUCAGCAAAACGACCUUGGAACCUCAAUGGGGGCUGCUUUGCUUUGGGAGGUUCUUGUUGGUGGGACCAGAGCUUUGACAAAGCUCCUGCUCCUUGGUGGCACCUCUCCUGGAAGGACGUCACAACUGCAGGUGCUCAGACUGCCUGUGGCAGCAGAACCAGUGCCUUUGGCAUUUUCCUCCCACACUGGGGAAGGUGACUUUGGUGUUCUUACAAACUCGUCUCUCGGCCUUUCUCUCCUGCCUUCCACAGCCUCUCGUUUCUCCUCCAUCUGUGCUUAUUACUUGAGCACUGUGUCUGCUCUGUGAGAGCUGCGUGGGCAGGGCCGCGGUGGGGUCCAGGUGGUGUCAGCUAUGCUGAUGCCUGCCAUUGGGUCCUCCUUAGGCUCUGUAAGUCGUGACAGCCUUCAUCAGUGCAAUGUUUGCAGGGUAAUUCUUAAACCUUUUAGAGGGUGGCAGGUACAUCAGUUCCUUUUAAUAUGAAAACAUUCAUGUUUCAGACAUUGAAUUGAGAGCUUUUAGGGGAUGCAUAAUGGUUAUUGUUGUCACUAUCAACAGUCUAAAAAGAAAAACUAAGGUCUUUUUAAUCUUGGUUACAGCACUCACGGCAUGCACCUUACUCAAUGUGGGUGUCUUCGUUUAGGCUUUUUUUUUUUUUUUUUUUGCACUUCUGAGGCUGGAUAUGUCUGGCUGAAGAUUUGAUGUGGUUCCUCCUUAAGCUGUGCGUCCUGUUAAUAAUAGGUACUGUACUGGGCUCUGUGUAAGUGUCAUUGGGGUAGGACCUAUAUUUUAAUACUGUUCCUAACAUUUCAUUUUACUAGCGAGAAAUCUUUGAUUUCAUUUUAUUCUUUGUAAUUCUAGACACUAGAUUGUAGUUUAGCCAUAACUGAUGUUUUUUAAAAAGGGAUAUAUUUUCUUGCACAGUUGUUCAAAAAAGAGACAAGUUUCAGUCCUCAAUGCUGUCCUUUGUUUUACAGGUACAAGUUUUCUAGCUCAGACAAACUAUGAAAAACUGUAGACUAUUCUCAAGGUAUUAACUCGCAGACCCUCUGGGGGUAGGGGCUGUUUUCUAAGUUGCAGGCAGAGUGGGACUGAGAUGGUACAGUGUGCACACACAGGUACUGAGCUGACAGACUGGGAUUUUCUGUACUAAAAUGUUACUUUGUAUCAAAAGUUAAACAGGCUUUAGUACAACAAAUAAAGGUCAAUUUCUGUAA